GAACCGGGCAGGGCUAUAUAAACCCCCGCGCAGACGCCGCACUCUCAGCCCCGCCAGCAGCUGCCCUCAGGACGGACGCUCCCGCACCCACCAUGUCCCAGGCCGGCACUCAGGAAGCCCCAAUCAAGAAGAAGCGGCCCCCCAUGAAGGAGGAGGACCUGAAGGGGGCCCGAAGAAGCCUGGGCAACAACCAGGAGAUCAAGUCCAAGACCUACCAGGUCAUGCGGGAGUGCGAACAGGCUGGCUGUCCUGCCCCAUCCGUGUUCAGCCGAGCCCGCACGGGCACUGAGACCGUCUUUGAGAAGCCCAAGGCCGAACCUGCCAAGAGCGUCUUUGGCUGAGAAGCGCCGACAGCUCUGCCCGCCGCACGCCGAGACCGGAACCUAGGGCCUUUCCCAGACUCUCCCAACGCCAGACAACCUCUCAACCACUGCCUCUGGGACCAGCACCCCACCCUGGGUGCCCGGCCCCCCGCCCCGGUCUCACACACAGCACCAUG